ACAGGGACAACCUCAGAGACUUUACUGCGAUGGCGCGCCAAUCCCCGGCGCCUCCUUAAAUCUCAGCCCAGCCUCUCGCCGCUUCCCCGCCCCCGGCCCUCCUUCCCCGCCAAUUCGCCAAAGUCCUAGAAUAAAGUUUGCUGUUAGCGGGGCGGGUAAGCUUUUAGCAAAGAAAGGAAGCGAGCCCAGCGGCGACGGUGGUGGUUGUAGGGCACGCUUGUUCUUUCUCGACCAUGGCCUCGUCCGAACUGGCCCAAAAGCUGCAGAGACGACUGCUUCGAGAUGGCAGUACCUCGGAGGCGCCCCCUGCAGAAGAGGAUGACAGCCUCGCCCUUGAGCCGGCCGGCUCCGAAAUGAGCCCCGAGGACCCGGGCGACGACCCGGCCGAGGACCUCAGCGCGCUGAAUGCCGCCGCUGACCCGGAGCUGAGCGCCAAGCUGACUCGCAGGCAGGACAUCAACGCGGGCGCGACACAGCCCCGCCUCGCCCAGGUCUUCAAUCCCUACACGGAGUUUAAAGAGUUCACUCGCCGGCAGAUCAAGGAUAUGGAGCGCUUAUUUAAACUAUAUGACUCUGGAAAGGAUGGAUUCAUUGACCUUAUGGAAUUGAAGCUGAUGAUGGAGAAACUUGGUGCACCUCAGACACAUCUGGGUCUGAAGAAUAUGAUCAAGGAAGUGGAUGAAGAUUUUGAUGGCAAGCUCAGUUUCCGUGAGUUUCUUCUGAUUUUCCAUAAAGCUGCAGCUGGAGAACUUGAAGAAGACAGUGGAUUGAUGGCUUUAGCAAAGCUCUCUGAAAUAGAUGUGGCUCUUGAAGGAGUAAAAGGAGCCAAAAAUUUUUUUGAAGCAAAGGUUCAAGCUUUGUCUUCAGCAAGCAAAUUUGAAGCAGAAAUAAAAGCAGAACAAGAUGAGCGAAAACGUGAGGAAGAGGAAAGACGGCACCGCAGAGCAGCCUUCCGAGAACUCAAGUCAGCAUUUAGUCAGUAGUGGAAACAAUCUGUCACCAGAAAUUGGUGUACAUUCUUACAAGCUUUGUCUGUGAUUAGACAUCUACCUAAAUGGAAACAGAAGUGAUAUGAUGCCUCUUUUUCUUUCUUUUUUUUCUUUUUGAAGCUCCUAUUUAGGUGCUGGAGAAUGUGCCACAAAUGGUAGCAUUCAGAAAUUGCAAAUGCUAGAUGUAAUUCCAAUAGGCCUUAUACUGUAAUAAUAAUUACUUAGAAGAAUUAAAUGUCCUAAUAAUGAAAUCCCAUUGGCAGAUGCUGAAACUCCUCAUAAAUAAAUCGAAUACUGGCAAUUUCAUUUUUUUGUCAUUCUAAACAAUCCUGCUUCAAUAGUUAUAAAAUAUUCUUCAGAAUAUCUUUCUAUAUAAUGCUUGGCUCUGCUUUACUUUCACAAUAAGACCUUGCUUCUCAGAUAAGCUGGAAUGCUCUAAUUCCAAGGGCUCUGCAUAUUAGAAAACCGAGCUGAUGGUGGUACUGGGGAGGAUGGGAUAAAGGAAAUUUCUAGUUAUUAGAUUUUUGCUGAAAUCCAAAAAUAUUCUUAUCUGAAUGACAGUUACGUUUUUUCAUUCUGCUGAUUCAACUUCUCCCCCAAGUUAGACUUAAAUACCUCUUAAUUUUUCCAUGACAGUCAUGAGAAAAUGUUUAAGGGACACCACAGGCUACAGCUGGAAAGAGGAGACAGGAAAUCCAAACUGCACAAGUGAAAUUCCAUGUGUAUUUUUCUGAAUCUAAGCUGCUAUUUAAAAGUGCUGAAUACAUAUCAAGAAUACAACAUUCACUGUUCAAUUUUUCCUCUUUUCUCCGUAACAAAGCAAGGAACCGUUAUGAUCUUAGGUCUUCUGCCUUAGUUCUGUACUUUUGUGGUCACAUUCUUUUAUAUGAUUUCCAUGGGGACCAGAACCUUUUUUCCUUUUUUCUUUGUGUAUUUUAGUCAUUGAGUUUUAACAAGUAACGAAAUUUCUUAUCUAUAAGAGAUUAAGGGAGCAGUAUAGUUUAGGGCACAUUAGCUUUCCACUCUGGAAAUCCUCAUACUACUUGUGGAUCCUUAUUGAGAAUUAAACUCCUUUUUGCAGAGUUACCACUUUCAUAAGAUGGUGAAAUUAUUUCCCAGUUCCAACAAUUUGUUUGCAAGAAAAAUUAGAUUUCAAAGCAGAACCUGUAAUAUAAUUCAACAAGUUUCUAUUGUAUACAGAAUUUACACGUGUAUGUCUACAUACAUAGAGAAGAAAAAUGCUUGCUGCUUUACUAAUCUUGCCAUCAGAUUGCAAACAAAUAUAUUCUCUUUGUUGUCACAUUUAGCUUUUUAUACUGUGAUACUAAACUGUGAGUGCAGAAUAAUAAAAAAGCAGCCUGUUGAAUAUAAAAUAGUGGGUAAAAGAAUUGCUAGUAAUUGAAACUGUAUUUGCAAAUCCACAGAUUAUAUUUGAUAAAAAUUGCAUGUUUUAGCUAAAAUAUUUAUAAUAAAUGUUUUUGUACAUCACAAAGUUUGGGUUUUUUUGUGUUACAUAUAUAAAUAUUUUUUUAAAAAACUGGUGGGGACUAAAUUUGAAAUCCUGUAUCAAAACAAAGUGUGCCUCCUUUAGCGAAAAUGGGUUUAAAUUUAUGCUCUGAAAAAUAUGAAUCAAUUAUCAAGAUCAAAACUAAAGUAUGUUUGUGGAAUUCCCAUUAACUCUGUUGUUUUGUCAAUAACAUUCAAACUAUUGCUAUGAUCACAUGAAUAUAUCUGGUAUGAAUCCCAGAAAGGAUAUUUCUGAAUACUCAUGAGCCCAAGACUGAAUUGUUCUCAUUUGCUUUUGAUGUGUUCUGUCAUUUAGUAUUUGACUGUAAUGUCAACUAUUUCCACUGUUUAUAAAAUUGCUUUGACAUGAUCUGAAUGAGUAUUAGUACAACCAUGCUGAAGCUUCCGUUUAAUGAAAGGGUCUAUAACUAGCCUUCUUAAUUUGGUUUACUCCAGAGGUAGCAGGCAUCAAAACUUCAGAGAUCCUUUUCUAGAAAAACAAAGAGUUUAUGUUUUUGGAAAUUUUUCUUUUAAAGUCUGUGAUAGGUCCUUGUUUAUUGAAAAUGCCUUUGAGAAAACGGAGACAGGAAGGCAGUCUGAGGAAAAAUAAAUGGCAAAUUAUAGCACAUUUCAUUGAAAGAUGCUUAAACUUCUUUUCUUUGAGCUCCGCCUAGUGGAUUAUUUCUGUAUUCAGUUUGAACUGCAAAUAUUAUUUUAUGUAGAAAUUUGUCAUAAAUACCAGCCAAUAAAUGGAAUGGGAGAAACAAUUAGAGCAAAUGAAAUUGCUCUUUCUCAUUACAAGCUGUAUUUUUCUUUUGCUGAAACUUUAAAUAACAACAAUUAAAAAAAAACAGUAUUUAAAUCUUA